AUGGUGACGUCCAAACGGAGAGGAAAGAAAAGCAGUAGUCCGCGGAAAAGAUCCAGCAACAACACAGCGGCUAAUAGUGAAGUCGACUAUGCCUGCGAACCCAUAGACUACGAAGCCACCUUGACCGAAUGGGUAAAGGACCGGAUCGUCAAUCCCCAGUAUCGGGUGACUGAGCUCCACGUGCUAUCCUUCAAGAUGAUAGCCGUGGCCAAAGAGGCCGCCAGGGUAUUCGAGAUCGGCGGAAGGACCAAGAUCGAAGAGAUCGUGCAGAACAGCUUGCACGAGGAAGCCGCAAGGGACAAGACACGAUGCUCGGACAUGACUAUCACCACAAUUCUCAUGUUCAUGUGCUUAGAGCUCCAAAACCCCACCUUUGCGGAUGGACGUUCACAUGUGAAUGCCAUGAAGCGGAUAGUUGACCUCAGAGGUGGACCCAAGCAGGUCAUGAAGGAAGCCCCAUACCUGAUCCAGCCGAUGGUGCUCUACCUACUUCCGUCAUGGGACCAAGUCGACAUCAGCAACACUGUAGAGGGAAUGACGGAAGACAUAACCGACAUGUACAGUCUCAUCUUCCCGUACACGCUCUGUCCGCGAGAGCUCUUCACUGAGAUAUUGCGGACGAACCAGCUACGCGCAAAAGCAUCUACAGCAAUACAGCUGUGUACUUUCGACCCGGAUUAUGCACUCGAAGCUUAUGACGUCCUCAGCCGCAUCGAGGCUUUCUCAGUCGAGGACUGGGCGCGAGCUGGCGCCUUCUGCACCGAAUGGCUGACUGUUGGCCUGGUGUACAAAUCCGCCGUCGCGCUCUACGCCACCUUGUCCCUUUGCCCACUCAUGGUCCUCCCGACGACGCCUUCACUGCUCGAGAGCCAAACGACUUACGGCGACGUCCUGCUCAGCAACCUCGGCACUGCACUCAAGGCCCCGCGCAUGGCUAAGUUUAUGGUCUGGCCGCUGAUCGUCGCGGGUGUAGAAGCUAUGCAUCGCGGGGAAGGGACGCGCAACUGGAUCGAGGCGGGCUUGGAGGAUCUGAGCAGGACGCUGGGGACGAGCUGUCCACUCAAAGUAUGUUCGGUGCUGAAGAGAUACUGGAAGGGCGGGGUUGUCGGGUGGGACGAGUGCUUCGAUCAAUCGUAUGUGUUUGCCAUCUAG